AUGGACAGAAUGGGUAACAAAAUUCCCGUAAAGGGAAUGGACUUAUUGACAAUAAGAAAUGUCAUCGUCCUAAUUGUUGGUAUUAUUGUUCUUAUACUUAUUCACAAGUUAAUGAAAUACCGAAAUAAAAUUUCAGAAUCUAAGAGGAAUAAUGAAAUAGAUAAAAAGAUGAAAAUAUCCAGAGAGAAAAGAUUGCAGGAAUUGGAAAAAGAAAUGGUAGCUAAUAAACAAAAAAUGAAGGAACAGUUGAACAAAGAAGAAGACAAAAAGGAUAAAGUGUUAGACACAACCAAACCAAAAACAUGUUCUAAGGACAAUUCGUCUUUUAGCCAUUUUAGGGAUUUAUCAAAUUAUUAUAGGCCAUCUAUAAGGAACAGGCAUAAGAAUUCAACAUCCUGACGAUAA